GCUGCGCCUGCCUCAUCUCCCCCCACCCAGCAGCCCGUCCCUCCCCUCCGCCGCUCCCGACGCUGCAGCCGCUGCCGCCGCCGCCACCUCCUCCUCGUCCCAGCCCCCAGCCUCUCUCUCGCUCUCCAUCUCCGCUCUCUCCCUCUCCCGGUCCGGUUCUCCCUUUCCCGCCGGCGGCCCUGGCAGAGUAGGCACCGCAGGGUGGGAGGGAAGCUCCAUGUAACACCAUGACAGGCAUCGCUGCCGCCUCCUUCUUCUCCAAUACCUGCCGCUUCGGGGGCUGCGGGCUCCACUUCCCAACCCUGGCGGAGCUCAUUGAGCACAUCGAGGACAACCAUAUCGAUACUGAUCCACGUGUAUUAGAGAAACAAGAACUACAACAACCAACAUAUGUUGCUCUCAGUUACAUUAAUAGGUUUAUGACUGAUGCUGCUCGACGAGAACAGGAAUCUCUGAAGAAAAAAAUCCAGCCUAAACUCUCCCUGACUUUAUCGAGCUCAGUGUCCCGUGGAAAUGUAUCUACUCCUCCGCGCCACAGCAGUGGAAGCCUUACUCCACCAGUCACACCACCAAUUACCCCUUCCUCCUCAUUUCGUAGUAGCACACCUACAGGUAGUGAAUAUGACGAGGAAGAAGUAGACUAUGAAGAUUCAGACAGUGAUGAGUCCUGGACUACAGAAAGUGCUAUCAGCUCUGAAGCUAUCCUAAGUUCCAUGUGUAUGAAUGGAGGGGAUGAAAAACCUUUUGCUUGUCCUGUACCUGGGUGUAAAAAGCGAUAUAAGAAUGUGAAUGGUAUCAAAUACCAUGCCAAGAAUGGCCACAGAACACAGAUCCGCGUGCGGAAGCCAUUCAAAUGUCGUUGUGGGAAGAGUUACAAGACAGCUCAGGGUCUGCGGCACCAUACAAUCAAUUUCCAUCCACCAGUGUCUGCUGAGAUUAUCAGGAAGAUGCAGCAAUAACAUGCUGGUCACAAAUGUGCCAAGGAAUCCUCACCAGCAGUUGCUGAUUUUCAAGACAGCCACCUUCUCUGGGGGAAGCACAGAGCACCCCUUAAAAGAAUUUAAAUGCAUGCUUUACAUUUCCCCCCCUGUAAUUUUGGUAUGAUGUAUCUUUGUAGAGUUAAUGAUUUUGUACAUUUGCACAUGUAAUCAUCAUGCCCAUAUACAUCACUUUGAUAUAAAGGUGCUAAAAGCUACAGAUUUUUCAAAGUAUUUUCCCCCCAAAGAGGAGAAUGAGAGGAUGAUGUAUAUUAACUUGUUCUGCAGUGUUAAAUAAGGAUGGGGAAGGGGAAGAAAGCUUGGCACUGAGAUAACUUCAAGAUUGUAGUGUGAUUGAAGCUAUUCAGCACAUCAGUUCAUGUGCUUGCAAAACCAAAACUCCUCCCUAUUAUCCACCUGGUUAAUAUGCCUUAUGUAAUAGAGAUAUCUGUGGGAUAGCUAGGUAUUGGAAUUAUAAAUAAGAGAAUGUUUAACAAACAUAUGCUAAAAAUAUUUUCAUACUCAAAUAACAUACAUACAAAGGUGUGCUUGCUGUAUUUUAUAUUAUCUUGCAAAUCCUUUUCUCCUCUGCAGUGCUGAAAAAUCUUGGUAUUUGUAGUAAGUCACUCUAGCAUUAGAAUUCCUACUUUUGUCUAUACAGGAUGUUAUAACGUUAAAGGCCCAUCAGAUUCCUCAGGACUGAGUUCCCCUGGUCCUGUUCAUGUUCCCCAGUAUCUACUACUAGAAGACACUUGGAAGUGAAGUGCAAAUUUUGUGAGAGAAAUUAUCUUCAUCUUAGAUGAAGGUCUUAAAAGCACUUUGUAGUUCUCUAUUGCCAACAAAUUUAAAAUGUUUUAUGUGUUGCCAAUUCUUGCGACUGCUGUCCAGGUGGGAGCCAGUGGUUGCCAAUAAGACUUCUAGGCAUGAUUUAAGGAGGUACACUUUUUGUGUUAUGGAAAUGUCUCAUUCCAUUUGCAUUGUACCUUCAGAUUUUUGUAAAUAUAUAUAUUUUUUAACUUACCGUAGGUUAUUGCAUUCCACAAAUUUAGCAUUAAGUUUCUUUCUGAACUAUGAGACAUCAUAAGCCUUACUGAAAUGAAGUGCUUCUUGAAGCAGGUACUCUGCGAUAGUUCUGGUUGCAGGUCUGUCUCAGAGUUGCUUGUGUCUGGACCAUACCUGAAUGCUUCGUUUAUUUGAUGCUCUCCUGCCUUCAGCAUUCUCCUCUUGUAUAAGUGCUAGUCUGAAGGUUUAUAGUUUACGAAGUAUGCAAAAGCUACAUUGAUAAAAACUGGGAGGCUUUCUCCCACAUGAAAAAAUGUUAAGUUUUACAAUUAAUCCUCUUCUGUGUAUUUUGUAUUUAUAAAUAUAAAUAUAUAUAUAUAUAUAUAUAUGAAUAACAUGGGAAAUGUGAGUCUCCAUUCUUUUAGAAUAGGUAUCAAUUGAGGGGGCAAGGAUUCUAUAACUGGGUAAGAAAGCUUUUACUGAACUUCUAAAUCCCUCAUAAUGAGGGUUGAAAAGAUUUAAAACAAAACCUCCUUUAAAGAAAUCACCCUUGAUUCAUCUUCAGGAAGGUACAUUUUGUAGCACAAGUGUCAAUACUGGUGUAAGAGGAUGAUCCAGACAUAAGAACCAAUUGCUUGUACUUACAGCCCUAGUACCCAUUUUCCAAUAUUUUGACUUCGGCAUAUUUAGCUCUGCUCGAAGUAAAAAAACUGGACAGACCAACUUAAUCCAACAGCUAAACAAAAUAAUGUUGUUGCAUGUCAACUCCUUUCCACUAUUAAAAUCCAGUUUCUAUUUACCUAGUCAUUGUGACAGUAUUAAACAGGUAAAAAUGGGACUAUUUUGUUAUACUGUGUAUAGUGAAUGUAUUGUUCUGUGUCUGUGAAAAUGUGCUUUAAAUUAUAUUUUCCUAUAUUUUGUUGGGGACAAAGUCGAUUAAUUUUGAAGUCACAAGAGGUUUGUUUUAGAACUUGAGUGCCACAAAGUGCAUCAAAAUUUCUUUCGAUAAAAGCUGCUUCUAAAUGUAAAUUGAAUCACAUUUAAUAAAUUGCCUCUGAUCCAAAA